UUUGAAAAGAAUUUUACCUUGUAUGUUUAUUAUCAAAGUUUAUAGAAAUUUGAACAAGACAUUCACUGAUUUUGAAGUCAAAGUGUUUUUAACAUUUAGUGGCAAUGUCUUAUCAGGAUGAUGAGGAAGGAGUGCCGUUUGAUAGUACAACUGGGUCAUUUCCAAAGGACUUUGGUUAUGGACCUUUUGAGGGUGAACAUGACCUUAUGCCUUCAGCAGGAGAUCAAAAGCCCAGAAUUCUUUUAAUGGGUUUAAGAAGAUCUGGAAAGUCUUCCAUUCAAAAAGUGGUAUUUCAUAAGAUGUCACCAAAUGAAACACUCUUCUUAGAAAGCACUAAUAAAAUUGUAAAGGAUGAUAUUAAUAAUUCCAGUUUUGUACAGUUUCAAAUAUGGGAUUUUCCUGGUCAGAUAGACUUUUUUGAUUCUAGUUUUGAUUAUGAUAUGAUUUUUGGAGGAUGUGGGGCACUGAUUUUUGUAAUAGAUGCUCAGGAUGAUUACAAUGACGCUUUAACUAAACUAAACCUAACUGUAACAAAGGCAUAUAAAAUUAAUCCCAGUAUAAAAUUUGAAGUAUUCAUCCAUAAAGUUGACGGUUUAGGUGAUGAUUACAAAAUGGAAUCUCAAAGGGAUAUCCAUCAAAGAGCAACAGAUGAUCUGAAUGAUGGAGGUUAUGAUCAAAUUCAUCUUAGUUUUCAUCUCACAUCUAUAUACGACCACUCAAUCUUCGAAGCUUUUUCCAAAGUUGUACAAAAACUAAUUCCACAGUUGCCAGCAUUAGAAAAUUUACUUAACAUUUUAAACACGAAUUCAGCAAUUGAAAAAUCGUUUUUAUUCGAUGUAGUUUCAAAGAUUUACAUUGCAACAGAUUCUACACCAGUGGAUAUGCAAAGCUACGAAUUAUGUUGUGAUAUGAUAGAUGUAGUGAUAGAUGUUUCUUGGAUAUAUGGAAUUAAAGAGGAACAAGAUCCAGCGGCCUUUGACGAACAAAGUUCCAGUUUAAUAAAGUUAAAUAACGGAACAGUUUUGUAUUUAAGAGAAGUAAAUAAGUUUUUAGCGUUAGUUUGUAUAUUAAGGGAAGACAAUUUUGAUCAUAAAGGUAUAAUUGAUUAUAAUUUCUUGUGUUUCCGCAACGCCAUACAACAAGUGUUUGAACUUCGAAACAAGCACCCGACGUCCCCCAUGACAAACUCCGUAGGCAGUCCAAUAGUAAACGGCAAUACCAUAGUCAGCGAUGAACAUUCAACGUGAAUUGUCACGUUUAUAUUUGUUACAAUGGCGUACCUGUAUAUUUGAUUGUUUUUUGUUACUAUUUUAGAUUUUUUGCAAAAUAUACGUUUUCUGUGUAGAUAU